UGUUUGGACUUUGGACCCUUUGCCGACUUACGUGGCAACUACCAUUUCAUAAAAGGAAAUACUUUUAUUAAAUGGAGGCCGGUGGGUGUGAGCCGAGUAGCCGACUCACUAAAACCCUUGUACUCGAGCGGAACCGGUUCUUUUUCACUGCAUUAAGCUUCUUUGCAAAGAAAAACCUCCUUUUUCCGCUGUUUUUUUUUUUUUUUCGAAGCCAAAGCAAAUAUUUGUAGUAAAAUGGUGCGUUCCAAGGCUCCUUCGAAGAAGCAGCAAAAGAAAGGCAUAGAUUUCAAAAAAAUUAAGAGAAAGCUUGGCAGGAAAUUGCCUCCGCCCAAGAAUGCCACCAAUACUGAAAUUAAAUCCAAAGCAAUUGUACUUCCUGAGCAGAGUGUGGCAACAAACAAGGAAGGUUUAGCUGUGAGCAAGAAGGGAUUGACUUUGAAAGAACUUCUUCAGCAAACAUCUCAUCACAAUGCCAAAGUUCGAAGAGAUGCACUAAUGGGCAUCAAGGAUCUAGUCCUUAAGCAUCCAACAGAGUUGAGGUUGCAUAGAUAUGCAGUUAUAGAAAAACUGCGGGAGCGCAUAAGUGAUGAUGAUAAAGUAGUUAGAGAAGCAUUAUACCAACUGUUUAAGUCUGAAAUUAUCCCUGGUUGUGCUGAGGAUAAUCAAGGGCCUUACAUUUCCUUGAUGAUGACUUAUAUUUUCAAUGCAAUGACAAAUUUAGCAAUUGACAUCCGCUUGAUGGCUUUCAAAUUUUUUGAUCUUGUUGUGCAAUUCUAUCCUCCUUGCUUUUCCUUAUAUGCUGAAAAGAUUCUUCAGAGCUAUGAAGAUAUUUUAAGGAAGAACCAGUUUUAUUUGGAAGACAAGGGAAAGCUCAAAAGUACUCUUUCUGGGUUAGUCCGCUGCUUGUCACUGUUGCCAAGUAAAAAGCCUGAACCUGAAAAGAAUAUUUCAGGAGACAGGAUAAUUCAUGCUUUUGAGCCUGAUGCACCAACAGAGAAUGCUGGGUUCUCUGUCAUCAUCAAGAAAUUAAAGGAGCUUGUGUUAGUUUUAAUCAACUGUUUUCAAGACUUUAUUCCAUUGCUUAAUUCUAUGCCGCAACUGGAUGCACCAUCAUUUGAUUGUAUAUUGUCCAUACUUCAAAGCAUAGACAUUGCAUUAAGGUUUUUUAUUUAUGUUUCCCAUGAGGAAACACCAGAAUCAAAGUCUCUCCUAGGAAGAGUGGAUCAAACUCUCUCAUUAGGCUUGUUGAAGAAGUUACUGGGGGUAUUUCCCCUCUAUCCAAAACAUCACCUUUCUGUAAAGGAGGAUGAUAGAUAUUUUAUCUUGAACAUUGUGAUAACGGAGAUAUUUUUGCAUUUCCACGAAUGGAUCUGCCCUUCUGCAGAUGUGUUUGAGAAAUUUCUGGAGUUUAUAGAAAAUGCACUGCUUGGCAAGAUUUGUAGUAGCACACGAUCUGGUAAAGCGACAUGGGAAAAGCAUGUGCCUUCAUUGCUUCCUUUCAUUCCUAAACUGGUAUCAGAAGUGACAACUGGUUGGCAGUCGUGUCUUCUUGAGGCAUUUACACAGACAUUCAAGGAUUGCAAUCCAGAGUCUUCACUUAAAUUGGCUUGCCUGUCCGUGAUUGAAGAAAUGCUAAUUCCUAGAGGAGAUAUGAACUAUACUGAAGCAAGUAAUACUGUGGUAUUAGACUAUCAGACCAUUUGGAUAAGAGAGCUGCCCUUAUUGCUAAUCCUUAUUGGUGAUAAACAGCCAUCCUCUUCCCAGGUUGUGUUGCGCCUUCUACUUCGGCUGGGACAAUUUGCAUCUUCAAGCUCUUUCCUUCUUUGGGAAUACGAAAAUACUCAAUUUGCACUCAGUGAGUUUUACAGCACAUGUCAAGAAGGAAACAUAUACUAUGGUCCUUUCAUGAAACUUCCUAGGGAUUCUCAAGAGUUGUCUAUCUGUUGCCUUUAUUAUUUCUCCAACUUGAGUACACCUUUGCUGAAAUCAAUAGCUUCUUGUUGCUUUUGUCCUGAACUGGAGCCCUUUGUAUUCUUCCGUAUUAUAGAGGUUCUGCAUGCCACCUACAAAGCUGGACACAUCCAAAUUGCUGACCACAUCAGCUUCUUCAUGACUUUACUAUCUUGUUUCAAAGUUUUCCCUGAAAAUAUAUAUCCUGUUAUAGAAAGUGAUGUAAAAGUUUCAAAUUGUGGAACUUUAAAGUCUAUCACCAGCAUUGUUUGCUCAUGCUUGUCACAGAUGGGUGAUAGUUCUGUUGUUUUUCAAAUAAUAGAGAAAGCAAUACUUGACCUCAUAUUGUUGGAGCCUCCUCUUGAUAAUGCAUGUGCAAUGUUGAGAGUGCUCAUCGUGUUGGAUUCUAAACCUACUAGGCUUUCCGAACAGAGUAUAACUGCUCUUAGCAAUUUCCUUCCAGGAUAUCUUAUGGAUGUUGUGCUUUGUAUUUCAAAAGAUGAUGUUCGUACAUGGCGAUAUCACCUUCUACCAUGCUUUUUCUUGUUUGAUAGGAGUAACAAGCUUCUGGGGCUUGUCUUGAAUGUGAUUGGCUCAUUUUUAACUGCAAGUAAUUUGUCAAUUGCAUCUCAUACUUCUACCAAGUAUGCCACUGACAGUUUAAGUCGGAUAAAUGCAACUGUUUCUCUUCUUCUAUUAAUGUAUAAGGACAUUAAAGUUCAGAAAAUUCUCUCUUUAUUCAGAACAGAGGUUGGCUCUAUUUUGCAAAGAAUAGCUUCUUUGCAGUCUUCAGAACUCAAGAUGACACUCGAAGAAAGGCACAGAUUUCAAUGUUCAUUUGAACAAUUAAAGAUGGUUAGUAGUACAUCACCAGUGGGCUAAUGAUCCUAUGAACUUGUACAUGCAAAAGACGGUCUCCACUUUGAGGAUGGAGGGAGGGGAUCUGGAGUAAAAUGGGGGAACCACAUAUUUACAAGCUGUCAACCAUGAGAGCCAUUUAUGGCUGUAAAUCAGGUCAAAUUUUCCGAUGGGAUAUAGCUGAAAUGCUGAUUCAGCUAAUCUGAUUUGGCAAUUGUAGCUGAUUACUUUGCUCCGUUUAUCUAAUGGGGUGUUUGGUGUCUGAGAGGCACAAGGGAUCGAUGAGGAGACUGAUGGCAGGUUCUUUCGAUGAUCCUACCGGUUCAAUAUUUAACUCCACAAAAGAUUUUGGAAAAAGCUUGCUUUUUUUUUUUUUUUUUUUUCUCAAUUUUCUCAGAUAUUUGUGAAGCAAAUCAAUACUACAUUGAAGUGGCUGUCUCUGAAAUGUAUACCAAAUACUUAUUGAUAUAAAGCAAAUCAAUUAUCAAAACGA